GUCACAUGUCUUGUGGUACUUACUACUAACUGAGGCACAACAACAAUACUGUCAGACAGUGUGUUUCUUUUUUAAGAUUACAUUUUAGGCGCCCGGCGUGUUUUAAUAUUUAAGAUGAAAGAAUUGUAUUUAUUAGUUGUUGUUUCUGUAGGUGUAAUGGCCGGCAAAUACUCUCGGGAGUUGAAUGAGCCUAAGAACGUCGAUGGCGUUAAUGAUGAACAGACUGUCGAAUUCAGAAUAUCGAAGUUGAACCAGAUUUGGAACAAAGCCUUACGGAUGCAGCUGUCUCCUGUGAAACAAGCUGAGCUGCACAGUGACCUGAAAAUCCAGGAGAAGGCUGAACUCCAAUGGAAGAAAUGGAAGGUUGAAGGUCUAGAUGAAAAUGGAGAGAAAGAGGCCCAAAUCCGCCGUAACUUCAAUGUGAUCCUGGCCAAAUAUGGGAUGGAUGGCAAACGAGACACAAGACCUCUAGAGAGCAACUCACUGAAGGACCAUGAUGUCAAAGAUGGUGACAUUUUUGAAGAUCCUAAGCUGGACAAACUAUGGAACAAGGCAAAAACCUCCGGGAAAUUUUCUGAGGAUGAGCUGCUGAGCCUAAAGAGAGAGUUUCAGCACCAUAAGGACAAGAUCCAUGAAUACAACAUCCUGAUGGAAACUGUGAGCAGAACUGAGGAGAUCCACAAAAAUGUAAUCUCCCCCCUGGAGGGCGACGGAAAAGAGCAAGAGGUGCAACAGAAGCACACGGAGCUCAAGCAGAAGAUGAGAGACCUCAACCAAGGCUUCGAUCGCCUCCGUAAAAUCAGCCACGAGGGCUUCAGCGAGGACAGCGAAUUCCGGGAGCCUCGUGUGAUCGAACUGUGGGAGGCUGCUAAGAGAGCCAACCUCAGUGAUGAUGAGCUGGACUCUCUCAAGGAGGAGCUGCAUCACUUUGAGACCAAGGUGGAGAAGCACAACCACUACCAGGAGCAGCUGGAGCUUUCCCACCAGAAGCUGCAACAUGUGGAAUCUUUUGGAGACAAACAACACAUACAGAGGAACAAGGAUAAGUACAACAACCUGGCUGAGAAGACCAGAGAGAUGGGCUACAAGAUGAAGAAACACAUGCAGGAUUUGCACAACAAGAUCUCUGGUCAGGGUCUGAGCCACAAUGAGCUAUGAGAGCCUUGCUUGGACAAUGCUAACGAAGGAUCAAUAUACUCAACUAAGUCCUGCACUCGGUUGAGCCACUGUAAUGUUUUUUUCUACCUUAGCGUUUGCGUGUUGAUUUGUUGUCGAGUUUACAAAUCAUUUGUCUUUUCUUGAAAUACUUUGAAAAACAUUUCUUAAUAUAUCCAGCACUUUUUGGGGGGAAUAAAUGACCAGAAUUGUUGUGGUACGAAAUCAAUAAAAUUCAGACAUUAAAACAAAUGUCUAGAAGCUAGUAGUAAUGUUUAGUAGCAGCAUCCCCAUAGAGAUGAUGAAAAAGGAGGGUGAAAAACAAGUAAAUAGUCUGUUGUGUACUACUUGGCUCUGUUGUAUUAAGUUGCUGAAUAAAGGAUGUGAAGAAGUGUAGAGCCAAAAAUGUUGCAGCAAUCUUUAUUAUUUAAUAAAAUACUUGGCAAAAACAUACAAA